GGUUCUAGGCGUGCGUGCGACUCUCGCUCGCGUCCGCGCCUCAAACGGCAUUGAGCUCGCGUUGCGUUCGCGCGUUCCGCACCGGCGUCUCGCAGCGCGGUUCUCCCGAGUGCUUGGUGUGAGAGUGGCCGGCGGAUACCGCCUGCAGGACUUCAGGAAGGCGAUGGCCGGCAACAAUGGUGGCAAUAUCGUCGCCGAGUGGCUGCGCUCGUUGCACCUCGGCCAGUACGCUGAAUCCUUCAUCGACAACGGCUACGACGACCUGGAGAUCUGCAAGCAGGUGGGCGACCCAGACCUAGACGCUAUCGGUGUCUUCAAUCCGACACACCGCGCCCGCCUACUGCAGUCGGUACGCACGCUGCGCGAAGAAGGCGCCGCGAGCGUCUAUUUUUCGCUGGAGGAGAGUGUCGCGGUACACGAGGAGUGUUUGUGCGAUAAUGUGAGUGCGCGGUCGUCGCGGACCUCGUCAGGCCGGUGCUCCGAGAAGGAACAGUGCGGUGGCAUUGGAGCACCCGCUGCGUCGCCGGCUGCCUCCUCGUCAGCGGACAGUGGGCCCGAGUUGGCCAAGUACGUCGAUGAGUACGAAGAGGGUAAAGCCGAACUGGUCAAGAUACCACGCAUGCAGUUGAAGAUACUUCUUCGGGACAAACUCGCUCACGAUGGCAUCAAGUUGACCUGUCAGCCCUACACUACUCCGGUAAGUCUUUUUUAUCAUCAUAGACCUUCCCCUUCGGUUGUUAGCACUGUCAGCGGUGCUUAACACGUCUUUGCACGUUCGCAGACAGUCGUUAACCCUAA